GUAGAAUUUGUCCGUUAGAAGUGUUUUCUUUUGCCAGCUCCACAGAGUUUAAAAAUAAAUGAGACAGUAAGUUCAAAAAGGUUGCAAGCAGCGCUAAAGUCUGGGUGGUGUUAGAAACCAUUUGUUAUAGCUGAACUAACACCUGCAGAGUCAAAGCAUCUGCUUCCAGCUUGCAGAUGGCUCCAGUCAUUGCCAGACUUUACCAGUUUGCUGCAGGGUUUUUUCUUUUCUUAGCGUCUUCGGGGUUUGUGGAAGGUGAGCGGCUGCUGGUGAUCCCUCAGGAUGGAAGUCACUGGCUCAGCAUGCGUGCAGUGGUGAAGAAGCUCAGUGAGAAAGGGCAUGAAAUAGUAGUGCUUGCUCCAGAAGUUAAUUUGUGCUUGAAAGAAUCAGAGCAUUACGCAAGGAAAACGUACGCUGUGCCUUACGCCCAGGAAGAGCUAGGCCGUCGUCUUCGUUUCUUUGCUAACCAGCCCUUUGAUGAAGUCUCCUUCCCUACUAUGAUCACAGAAGCAUACAGCAGUGCCAUGUUUGUACUGGACUUGUUAUUCUAUAACUGUGACAGCCUCCUGCAGAACAGAGAAAUCAUACGGUACUUGGAAGAGAGUAAAUUUGAUGUGCUCUUCACAGACCCAGCUUUGCCAUGUGGGGUGAUCCUGGCAGAGUAUCUGUCCAUCCCUUCCGUGUACUUCUUUCGUGGAUUUCCAUGCAGUUUAGAGCAUGCAAUCUGUAAAUCUCCAAACCCUGUUUCCUACAUCCCAAGAUGCUAUACCAGCUACACAGACCACAUGACAUUUACCCAGCGAGUGCUGAACCUCUUUUUUAGCUCUUUAGAGACAUCACUGUUUAAGGAUUUGUACACCAAAUACCAAGACAUUGCUUCGAAGUUUCUCCAGAGAGAUGUGCACGUACCAACACUUUACCAAAAUGGCUCCAUUUGGCUCCUGAGAUACGACUUUGUGUUUGAGUAUCCCAGACCAGUGAUGCCCAACAUGGUCUUCAUCGGAGGCAUAAACUGUGAGGAGGGGAACAACCUACCUCAGGAAUUUGAAAGCAUUGUGAAUGCCUCUGGGGAACACGGCUUUGUGGUCUUCUCUUUGGGCUCAAUGGUCUCUGAGAUUCCCAUGAAGAAAGCCAAGCAGAUUGCUGAAGCCUUUGGAACAAUACCUCAGACCGUUCUUUGGAGGUACACUGGAGAAGCACCCCCCAACCUUGCAAACAACACAAAGCUAAUCAAAUGGCUACCACAGAAUGAUCUACUUGCUCAUCCCAAAGCCCGUGCCUUUAUCACCCAUGGAGGCUCACAUGGAAUCUAUGAGGGGAUAUGCAAUGGAGUGCCAAUGGUUCUGAUGCCAUUAUUUGGAGAUCAGAUGGACAAUGCUAAGCGGAUAGAGUCUCGGGGUGCGGGAGUGACGCUGAAUGUACUUGAAAUGACUUCUAAGGACCUAUCGGAUGCAUUGAAUGCAGUGAUUAAUGAUAAAAGCUAUAAAGAAAAUAUCAUGCAUCUCUCAGCCCUUCACCUCGACAGACCUAUCCAUCCCCUUGAUCUCGCGGUGUACUGGGUGGAGUUUGUGAUGAGACACAAGGGGGCCCCGCAUUUGCGGCCUGCAGCCCACGAUCUCAACUGGAUCCAGUACCACUCUCUGGAUGUCAUUGCUUUUCUCCUGGCUGUCGUGCUCGUCACCGCGUUCAUCUCUCUGAAGUGCUGCCUGUCCUGCUGCCGGAAGUGUUUCUGCAAAAAAGGAAGAGUGAGCAAAUCGAGCAAAUCCAAGGCAGAGUAACUACGGGGUUGGAGACCGGGUGCAGCUCCAGGCCUUAGGGAAUGUAGGGCUCUCCUGAGCACAGUCCCAGUAAGUAACUUAUGGCGGUGAGCUCAAAAAUUAUUCAGAGCAUAUUGCCUUUAAAUAGCAGAAAAGUGUUUUUUUGUUCCAUGUUUUGAUUUGGUCUCCAAUUAAUUCAGAAUAUUUGUGAAAGCUUUGUUUAAAGCUUGUUUGAUUGUUACAGAUGAUUCAUGCCAUAAUGCUAUGGUGUAGUGCUCAGAAUAUUAAUGGGACCUCUGGGUUCCAUUUCCUACUGUGUUUCAGAGUAACAGCCGUGUUAGUCUGUAUUCGCAAAAAGAAAAGGAGUACUUGUGGCACCUUAGAGACUAACCAAUUUAUUUGAGCAUAAGCUUUCGUGAGCUCCAUGCUCAAAUAAAUUGGUUAGUCUCUAAGGUGCCACAAGUACUCCUUUUCUAUUUCUUGCUGUGUUGCUCACUCACCAUCUGACUUGGGGCAAGGUUCUUCUCUGUACCUCAGUUUUCUCAUCUGUGCAAUGGGGAUAAGAUUUCUACCUUGGUACUACUAUGGUGCCCAUCACUGUAGUGUGAGAGUGUCUGGUGCAUCAUAUUUAGAUAGCACUUUGAGAUCUUUGGAUGAAAGUUGUCACAGAAGUACCAAGUGGUGUUCUAAGUGAGGGAUAGAAUGUCAUCCUAGCAGCCUGUUGAUUGGAAAUAGAGAAUGGUAUUUGUUCUGCCUAAGUCAAUCUGUCAGUGUCUAAACUGUGUUUCAAAUACACUGAACGUGAACACAUUUUCCAUUUGAAAGUAUCAUUGAGCCACCACCACCCAAUCAAGUUUCACCCCAGCUGGAGCACUGAAUUUGGAGCAUUGUAGUCAACCGAUUUGAUCUUUGUUAUGGAUAUUCUGUUAAAAAUAAACCAAACAAAAAUCUGUAUAAAUAAAUCCCAAAUAAUAAAAACAAGAAAACUAAUAA